CCAGCACCAGCACCAGCAGCCUCAGUAGUCCCCUCAGUCCUUACUGGAAGCGCAUCCAAGAGGAGCUCAGUGGAUGAGCCCCGCUCUCCGGCAGUCAGCAGCGCUCCACCCUCAAAACUCACACCUCCUGUCGCAGAAGAGGUCCUCGCACCGUUGAUCAAUCCGGCUCCGGCCCGUGCCGUCCCUCCACCAGCCCCUGUGGAGGAGGUUGCUGCAACUCCCGAGCCACGUAUUCCCAGCCGUGCGAAGAAGCCCAAAGCCAAGCAUAUCAGGGCUCUGGUUGUCUACGAAUACACGGCACAGGAGGACGAUGAGAUCUCGCUGGAGAAAGGAUCGUCAGUAACCGUGCUCGACAAGAUGGGUGACGAGGGCUGGUGGUCCGGCAAAAACGAGCAGGGCGAGAUCGGCAACUUUCCCUCAGACUUUGUUCAGGAAAUCAAGGAGGAUGCAGUUCAGUCCCCAACCAUCGCCUCAACGUCUUCAUUUCCAACUCCUGCUGUUGCUGCCACUGUCGCUGCAGCAGCUGUUCCUUCAGAAGAACCCCCGAAAUCGCCAGUGCACCCUCGCUUGCCUGUUCACGCCCCAGUAGCACUUCCGGCCGUUCCUACGGAACCCCUUCGUACUGAACCAGUCCGUGCCAAAACAAAUGAGACACCACUGACGACUCCUCCGCCGAUCCCUCGUAGCUCUCGUCCACCCUCAAUGAUCGCCUCGCCUACGUCCUCGUCAGCCCAGCUUAACUAUGCCGGACCUGUCCACGGCGGCCCACCUCUGCCUGUAUCGCCUCCUAGAAGAAUGUCGACGGCCUCCCGCUCUAGCAGCAGCAGGGUCCCUGUGUCUCCCCAUCAGGCCAAUGCACCUGACCUCCCUAACUCUGACCGACAGUUUUUGCCGGAUGAGGCCCCCAGCGCCCUCGCCUCUAUCCCUCAGGACCAAGAAGACUCUCAGGAGACAGAAGAGGUCCCCACUCCCGCCCCACAGGGUCAAGGCUCUCAAGAGAUCCCCGCCUACACUGACAUUCGGGUGCCUCCUCAUAACACUCUACCUCCCGUUCCCAGCUCUGACCGACAAUUUUUGCCACCUAUUACGGAUGAAGCCCCUAGCACCCCCGCCCCCAUCCCGCAGGACCAAGAAGGCUCUCAGGAGGCUAUUGCCGCUGACCACUCGAACCGUAGCUCUUAUAUCCUCCCGACACCGGUGUCUCGUAACCGUCCGCUGCCACCGUUGGCGAGACCACCGUCGAUCCAUCAGAUCACUGAGAACAAGAGGAGGUCGGUUGUGCUUCCACCCACGGCACACUUACCUCCGGUUCCGAGCGAGGCUGAGGAGGCUGUUGCGCAGGAGCCAGAAACUACACUCAAGGAAGAAGAGAAAGAGAAAGAACCGGAAGUAGAGGAAGUGAAGCCGCAUCAGGAGCAUGAGGAAGCUGCGCCGCCAGAGCAUGAGGGAGCUGCGCCGCCAGAGCAUGAUGUUCAAGUGGAGCAAGAGGAACCCGGCACUGUAGUUGCUCCGGGUGACACGGAGGAACAUGCCCACAAGGAGCAGCAGGAGGAUGUUCCAGAGACUGCUACUACUCUUGAUACUACUCCUGCUGCUGAAGCGGAUGAGGAGACUGCUGCUGCCGUGGAGGAAAAGGAGCCUGAGAAACCCAAGUUGCCCGAGAUGGAGGGUUCUGGGCCUGCGCUGAGCCAUGCAUCAAGACCUCGACCUGCCAAGGGUCGUAAGCCCCCCUCAGCACCACUGCCCAACCCUGAGACUAGCUUUGUAUCGCAACUGGAAGCUGAAGUCAAGGCUGCACCUAUUCCUGAGGAAAGGAAGCCCGAAUCCACUCCAGCUUCUGCCAAUGUUCCCCCCGCUGUCGAGAAGGCGGUCCCACUACCACCCCCCAAGCCCAUCAAGCCCAUUUUCCAAAAGUUCCCUACACCCUUCGCCGGUGCCCAACCAGCCUCUGUGUCCUUGCGUCCAACGGGCCGCCGUACAGACGCGCCUCAGAGCCCCGUCAAUUCAAGUUUGGAAUCCUCAUCCUCUGCGCCUGCAAGUACGACUGCUGCUGGAUCGGGGGGUGCACCUCCACCUGCAGGAGGUGUCAAAUCCUUAACCUCACGGUUCGGACAGUUCCAGGGCGUGCCUGCUUCGGGCAAUAACUCUGCAGUGCUGGAGCUUGAGAUUGCAAAACUCCGUCGCUGGAUGACCGAGGAACUCGAUCGUGUCAAGAAGGAGCUUGCGGAUGAGCGUGAGAGUCGCGAGAAGCUUCAGGAAGAAGUUAACCAGCUCAGGGCUCAGUUGAUGGGUUAAAAAUAACAUUGUGAACAAUCGCAAUUACCAUUAAAACACGGUAUUCUUAUUUUAUUUUA